GUGGUCGAGGGAAUUGUGACGGAAGUAGAAGAUGAAGACCGGCUUGCAGUCACGCAUAUUCGAGCUGAAGCAGAGCAGGCUCGCUUAGAAGCCCAGGUGUCAAGAAUUGUGGACAACUUCUGGAACGAGACUCAGCGACUGGCGGCUGAGAAUACUCUGCUACAAAGUAACCAAGUGAAGCAAGCGAAUGAGUAUCGGGCAGCACUGGUAGCCGUCCAGAAUCACGCUCAAAGCAGCACCGCUGAGCUUGCCGCGCAUCAGCAGUGGGUCGAAGUUCAAAUUCAGAAAGCCCUUGAAGACACCAGAGAAUCCCUGCAACAAGACCUGCGUGUGGUAGCGAACGCACAGGCUGUUGGGAGUGAGGCUGCGCACCAG